CAGUAGUAAUAAGAGAGAAGACUCUUCUUUGUGAUCCAAGUAACCAGUCUUUGAGAUCACAGGAACCCUCCUUCUCAAUCCGCAGGUUUCAAGAUGAGUCGAAGAAGUCCAAAGCUGGAGCUGAAGUUGAAUCUUUCGCCGCCUACGUCAAGCCAAAGGAGGAUGGUUCGAUCUCCAAGCCGCUCUGCGACGACUUCACCGACAUCACCGCCAAGCUCUUGCGUCUCGUCGGAGAUGAACCAGGACGAGCCAUCUGUGAGAUACUCGACAAGUCCAGAGACAACCUCGAUGGUUCUUGUCGGAUGUCCUCGUUGUCUCAUGUACGUUAUGCUCUCAGAAGACGACCCUAAAUGCCCUAAAUGCAAAAGCACCGUUCUUCUUGAUUUCCUCCAUGAAAAUGCCUCAAACGCCAACGCAAACGCAGCCGCUGCUUCCUCAGGUCGCAAGACUCGAAGGAACUGAUGAAGGACCAGUAAAAUCAAAAUCCUGUU